AUGUCGUCCUCAAAAUGCCGAUCCUCCCUCCCCUGUCCACCGACUGACUGGCCCUCUGACCCUGAACUAUGGUUUUGCAUGGUGGAACGAAGCUUUGAGGCCUCCGGAACUGAUUUGGAAUCCACAAGACUCGGAUACGUGCUAGGCAACCUUGACCCUCGCUAUGCGGCAGAAGCAGCACUCAUUCGUCAACCGGGCAUCUCCCAAGAAACACGAAUGAAACAACUCUUCGAGUCAGGAGAUUUGGGGGAUAGGAAACCCACGCAAUUUCUGCGCCAUCUACGCGGUCUGGCCGGAACCACUAUGCCGGACAACUUACUGCGAACCAUUUGGUCAAGUCGUCUCCCGCUUAAUGUUCAAGCUAUCAUCGCAACCAUGUGGGACAAGGAUCUGGAUGAAACAGCAGGGGCAGCUGAUUGCAUCAUGGAAGCAAUUCAAACGGAAACCAUAGCUGCAGUUACUCCCACGACCAGUUCCAUUCCGGAGACCAUUCAAACUUUAACCAACACGAUAUAUACCCUCCGGAUGGAUCUCAACAACAUGAGAUGA